AUGGCUCCCGCCACUCAGGCUCCGGGGAUGGCGCUGGUGUCGGCCAGGAGGGAGGAUAUCGAUCCUCAGCAGUGUCUGCACUACGCACAGUUCGCCUCCAGGCUCGACCGGUGGCAUUUUGAUUUUCUUUACUGGGUUCUUUUCGCCACCAACAUUCUCCUGCUGUCUAUUGCUUCGUUCUGGUACUCGAGGACAAACGAUAAGACCAAGGAUAUGGUACCAACAAACCCCGAAUUUGUGCGACACCACAAGCGCUGUCUCUAUGUGACUAUCGCCCUCGCGAGUCUGGCGGUGGUCAUGUCGGUCAUCGAGGUGUUUGCUCUUCUCGCACUGCAGUUCUGCGACGGCGAGGAUCUCAUGGCGCUGUACUGGGCCACCUGGACCAUGCUGCAAUUCGGCUCCGUCAUCGCCAUCUUCGGCAUCAUUCUGCACAUCAUACUGGUGCUGCAGGGCCAAGACCGACCGCCCUGGGCACUGGCCCUCGGCACCCCCGUGCUGGUUGUCGCUGGCGUUGGGAACCUCAUCAACUCGGCGCUGCACAGGAAGACGACCAAGGUUAUUAAGAAGACCAAGGAGGCCAGGAGCAGGUCCAACAGCAGAUCUGGGACCGUGCCUAUGAGCCAGGCUCCCACGAUAAGACCGGAGAGUAUGGAUAGCGACCAUGGUGACCGGCCAACCAUGCAGCAAGCCACGGUAGUUGGGACGGCGACGGAUGGUGGUGUUAUCAUCCAGCUAUCGAGGUCGGACCCAGAGCUCGAGAGCCGCGGAACAUUUCUCGGACGCGAUAAUGACGGACGUGUUCUAGUCUCGUUCCGGCAAGACAAGGUGGUUGUCGUCAACGGGCCAGCCGCUCUCGAGGGUGUUUUGGUGAACCCACGCCAGCGGGAGCAGUCGGAGCCGGUCCGAGCCGGCCACAGACACAAGGGCUCGGCGGGGAGCUCGUUCUACGAGCAGCUUCCGCUUCCCCCCUUCAGCUCUCUCGACGUACAGAUUCCACCGCCCAGCCGUAACGGCGUGGGAAGUGGCCCAAGCAACAGCGGACCCAGGCCGCAAUCGAGCGGCGGUGCCACGUUGACUCCUACGUCCCCGACAUCUCCCAACAGACCCGACACCCGUUCCUACAAGGCGUAUCCGGAUGAUGCGGCGGCGAACAGCGAGAAGUCGCCUCGGAUCGAGUUCCCGCGUCUCGACAAGCCCGACAGGCCGCAGUGA